UGACAACGCCCGGCGGGGGCAGGCGCCCGCGAAGUUACACCAUCCAGGGAAGUAGUCGGACGGCGGGGUGACAGGCCUCCGCUGGACCCAGUGACAUGGCGGUGUUUCACGACGAAGUGGAGAUCGAGGACUUCCAAUAUGACGAGGACUCGGAGACCUAUUUCUACCCGUGCCCGUGUGGAGAUAACUUCUGUAUCACCAAGGAAGAUCUGGAGAAUGGGGAAGACGUGGCAACGUGUCCUAGCUGCUCUCUCAUUAUAAAAGUGAUUUAUGACAAAGAUCAGUUUAUGUGUGGAGAAACAGUUCCAGCCCCUUCCAGCAGCAAAGAAUUAGUUAAAUGCUGAAGAAGACUCAGGGAUCCUAAUCCUGAACAUUCGGGAAAACAUUGGCUUCUUCCCAGGGACAGCCAUUCUGUAGUUCGCCGCUCUGGUAGAGUGUGGCUCCUCCCGUCAGCCUCCCGGCUCAUCCCACUCACAGAAGCAAGUCCAGGACUGGCGCCCCUGCACUGUGUGCUUAGAACUUUGUUCGCAAGUGUUCUUAAUUUUCCAUCUGAGUAAACAGGAAGGUAAUUCCAAGUCAGUGCUUA